AUGCCCCCUGGGGGAAGACCACCAAGGGGACGAGCGGGGCGGAACAACGACAGAUUAUGGGAAUUUCAGCAGCAGCAACAACGCUCGUGGGACUACGAUGUUCGUGUGGAGGAGCUCGACACCGACGACGACAACUCGCCGCACGGUGUCGAGCUCAAUCAGGGUUAUGGUCCAUCAAGAUUUCGUUCGGAUGAGCUUCACUUUACUGGCAUAGAUUUAGGCGGGGGAGUGGUCCGCCGACGGCGUUCGGGUGAUUCAUUCGGCAAUGAUUUGACUCCUUCGGAUGACGAGGACGAUUAUGAUCCUUAUACGGGGCUCGUUCGCAGACCAGACAUGCAGAUGGCUUACAGGGAGAAGGAAGAUAUGCUCGUACAAAGAGCUCUGGAGAGGAUCGCGCGCGCCCGGGCUUUGGGUAAGCCCAACGUCAAGUUGAGUCGAGCUGAGAUUGAUGCUUUAAACCGCUUAGAGCUCGACCGGAGCCAGACUCCUCCACAGACCCCUGCGGCGGCGCCACAGAUCGCCCCCAAAAGCAAGAAGGAGGCCCCGGUUGUCAAGCGCAAGCCGGUCGAGGUCCGCAAAGCCUCGGGCAGGAGCAACGGCAAGUCUUCCGGCGGUUCCCCCUCCAAAGGGAAGGCAGCAGACACCCGCAAUCGUGGGAGAAGUUCUGCCUCGAACGCUUCUCCACGUGAGACCGCCGACAACUCCGUGGCCGCCUACGCUUUGCCCCCGGCAGAUCUCGACUACGAUCGAAGGUUGCCGUAUGCGCAGGGUUACUAUGUGGCAGGUCCUCGUCAGCCCGAACCACUCCGCCAAGGCUCUCGCACCAACUCCAAUCAGUCUCUGCGGCAACAACAACUGCAGCCGAUGCCCCCUUAUCAGCAACAUCCUUAUUAUUCGCAUCGCUAUUCAUCCAAUCCAGACGUUCUCUACAACAGACACGGCUCGAACUCCCCUCGCUCGUCACGGCCAGACCCGUCCGAGCCCGACUGGGAACCUCGCGCCCGCUCAACCUCCGGCUUGGUGAAUGUACCUCUGGAUCAGUUGCCCUACCAGACGAGUGUGGGAAGGGCGCCGCGGUUCGACCCUGCCGAUCCCCGCUUCGCCUCCCCACAGCGCCGAGUCGUGUCUGGCCCGCCUGGUGUUCCGCAUAACCAAGUAGGGCAGUAUCGCCGUCUACAAGACGAACUGUUCCUUCCGGACGAGCGACCAGAGGUCUACAACUAUCUGGCCCCGUCUGACACUGACAACCAAGACGACGACGACGACGACGACAGCGACUAUGUCGCCGAAGAUGAAGUGGUUGACGUCAGAGAAAGGCCAGGUGGUGAAUAUGCUAUUCAAACAAGAAGUGCUGUCGUGGCGACAUCAUCGCAAAGGGUUCGGAGUAAUGGGAAAAACACGGCUGGGAAAAGUAAAAAGGGAAGAUAG